AUGACUCUGAUUACAAUACCAAAGGAGAAAUUACCUUCAACAACUCCAUUUUUAAAUUCAGUAUGUCCAGGAUUUAAUCAAUUAGAUGAUAAUAUUCAUUUCACAUUACAAGAAGAACAAAGUGAUUUACCAACUGGAUUACUUAAAUUUAAUUGGCCAAUAACAAAUACAAGAAAUAAUCUUAUUGCAAAAUUAGAUGAUAAUUAUUUAAAUAUUUCAAGACCUCCUUUCACGAAUAAUAAUGAAUCAACUACUUAUGUCAAUUUACCUUAUCAUAUUACUAAUCUAUUUAAACGAGUAGUUGAACAUAAUGAUAAAUCAAAAGAUGGGGAUAUUCAUAUUGGUUCAAAUGUUAAUCCAUUAAUUCAUGAUCCAUUUAAAUUUACAAAUUUAAAUCCUGGUUGUAUUUCAAGAAUCAUUCAAUUGGAAAAUGAUUUAGAUGAAGAGGAUGACGUUGAAGAUCCAAUCAAGAACAAGCAUAAACUCAAUAAAUUCGCAUCAAAUUUCAAUCGAUUAUUAAAUUUAAAAAGAACAACCCAUCAACAAAAUCAAUUAGUUUAUAAAAGUUUAUUAAGUGAAAAGCCGAGUAUAAUUGAAAAGAUAUUAAUAUUCGAUGAAGAUAAAUAUCAGUCGGAAAUUAAGUCUUCAACUACUCAUAAACUAUUAAUAUCAACUCAUGUUAACAUAUUAAAUAUAUUUGCAUUAGAUCAAAAUUCAAAUUAUAAAAAUACAAAAUCAUUCAUCAGUGAGAAACCAAUUGUUUACUUUCCUGAUGAUUCACCAGAUACCCAACAGCAACAACAGCAACCACAUAAUCCACAUCAACAACCUCACCCAAUAGCAAAAUCAAUGUCUACUCAACAUUUACGUCAAUCUACUACUCCUACACCCUCAGCGACAUUUGAAAAAUAUCAAAAAGUGAUUGAAGAACCAAUCUUACGGAUUCAAUUCCGUCAAACUUCAAUAAUCACUUCAGUUACAACAUUUAUGACUCAACUGCAACCACAUUUAUUACUUGGAUUAGAUACUGGAGAAAUCAUCUUAAUUAAAUUAUUCGAAUUAACUUAUCAAAUAUUUGAUAAUUUAGGAAUUAAUGAUAAUGAUAUCAUUAUAAAUAAUUCUGCGGUAACUACUAUGGAAAUUAUUCAUCAUCCAAAUUAUGAAUAUUUGAUUAUGGUUGGAUUUUCAAAUGGAGAAGUUAUGAUUAUUGAUCCAAAUGCUUCGGAAUCAUCUAAUAUCAAUGUCUCGCUGGAUGAGAAAAUAUCAAAGAGAGCAACAUCACCCACUCCACAACCAAAAUAUACCAAACAAAUAGUAGGGAAGGAUUCAUUUGUCACUUAUUUCAAGAAAUUCGAUCUAAGUCCAUUAUCUACUUCCCCAUCAUCCCCCACCAAGAAAACUACACAAACUAGUCACAUCUACUACCCACCCUACUUAGUAGGUCAUUUUAAACUAAGUCAAAAGCCAAUCACGGCAAUCACAUCCACCCUACAAAAUAACCCACAUCAUCACCACCACCACCAUAACAAUCCACACCAUCAUUCGGAACUUCUCCCGCCAUUGAUCCUCGCCAUCGCAGCGGAUGACGGCCUAGUCCGUAUCUUUGACCUUUUAUUUACAUAUGGAUACAAUUAUGCCAAUGACGAUCCUAAUUGUAAUACAGUCGUCACAGAUAUACUCUCCAAUUAUUUCAAUGAUGGAAUCUAUGAUGUUGAAUUCAGUCCCGAUUAUAAGUUUUUAUGUAUAGUCGGUAAAGGAGACUUAAUUGAAAUAUUCAAGAUGAAUUAUUAUAAUAUGAAUGGAUUACUUGCCAAGAAUGCUGCUGGGAUUAACACUGGACCCACCAGUCAUCAUAAUCUCCCUUCAACUAGCAAUAUUGAUUCUAUUACUGGCAGAGGAGCAGGGGGCAGAUCAAGAUCUCGUAGUGGGACGGUAAAUAGUAUGAAUUCAGGGAAUAAUGGGUUUUCAUUAGGGAUGCUCCUAUCUCCGACUCCUGCCGAUCCUAACAACCGACCUGACCCUUCUUCUACCGCAGCCCUUCCAGGUCCAAAGAAAGAUCAAUAUCCACCUAUGAUUAAAGAUAUUCAAAUCAUUGGCAGAUUUAAGGGUCAUUCAAAUACUGUUAAAUCAAUCCAAUUCGUAAAACAAGAUGAUAGCAGUAAUCUGCUGGGAGUUGUAUAUAAAUUAAUCAGUUGUGGGAAUGAUAGUAAAAUAAUCAUAUGGGAAUUUGAUUAUAAGGCAUUACCAAAAGUUAAAAAACCAAAACCGGUAAUCACAACAACAAUGGGUACAAUGGGAAGACGGGAUAGUUCGAGACGGAGAUCGUUUUAUGAUAGGAAGAAACAUAUGCUGGUGGGACAUACUCCAAGUCCUGCGACUCGAAGAGCUGGUAGUGUGACUGGCGCAGGUGGAGGCGCCGCGGGUGCGGGUGCGGGUACGGCCUCGCGUCGUCUUUCAGUUGCUGCUGCUGAUGAAGUACAUUCUACUUCAUUGACUAAUUUGAAUCAUAGUACGAGUAUGAAUAUGGCAAGUAUUUUGACUAUAAAUGAUAGUGGAUCAGAAAUAAAUCAUACCCCGAAACAAAACACUCAUGAUCAAAUUGAGAUUGUAUUGUCGUUGUAUAAAUCGUUAUUUGAUAUACGUACAAAGAGACAUUAUAAACGAUUAGGGAAGAAACAAGGUCCAAAAUAUAAAACGAUUAUCUCACCUAUUGUGAAUGAUAAAUUAGUUCCACUGAUUGAUAUUCCAUUAUGUGUGGUUGAUUUUUCUAGAUUUGUAAAUAAUGGAAAGAUUGAUUCGGUUUAUUUUGAUGAUGUUACAUUUUGGUGUUUUGCUAAGAAUGGAGAUAUUUUUAGAUAUUCAAUUUGUUAG